GAUAUGGCCCAACUAUGGCAGAGACUAUCCGUGGGUGCAUCCAAACGGUUCUCCCUCGGUGUGGCCAUGAUGGUGGUUGUGGGGAUGUUGGUGCUGUACUAUGUUAAGGAAAGUUCUUGGAACGCUGCUCCGUCGUUGCGAUGGAAAUGGCUAAACGAGAAGUCUUUAAAUCACGUGCCUUAUUUUCUAAACAAAUGGAAUGCAAACAGAACGACCCCAAGUCCUCCUAACGUUAACACAAGCAAAAAAAUAGAUGAGCUUGGAUUUUCCCCUAUGACUUAUGCCCAACAACUCAGUUUUUUCUUGGAGCCCGGUGGAAAUUUUUCGGUAGGCGACAUCUUACGGAUUGUGAUCUCAGCCAAAGACAAAGAAGGGAACGUAACCACAAAUAUCGGUGAUUACUUUCGGGCGUCCAUUUUUAAUCUAAAAACUAAGUGCGGUGCAGUUGGAAUCAUCACGGACCACCAGAACGGGACGUACACGGCAACCUUCCGGCUGUUGUGGGCAGGAGAGGUUAGCAUCAAGGUCAAACUUGUCCAUCCGCGUCAGGCUGUAGACGUCAUAGAGAGAACUGAUAGGGAACACCCAGUCGACAAGAUUAUGUUCGUGAAACGAUACCUUAUCGGUAAGGUUAAGAUCGACACCAAGUGUAACGCAGACCCGACCGUCUUCAACAGCACUGCCCCGGUUUGUAACUACUCCGACCCGCAUGCAGGAGCCAGGUGGUACUGUGAGAAAGCCGCCAACAUUUCCUGUAACACAUCCGGGUACCACGGCAGGCUUAGUACGAUCGCGAGUGUCAAGCUCAUGAAGGACGGAGAGGAAAAACUGUUCAGCAAAGGAAUGAACGGAAUGAAGAAGUCCAUAUCCGGAUCACCAUCUAAAAUCAGCGUCACCCCAGGGCUGGACCCUCUGGCUAAUCGCCCGCGCUGCAUACCGGGACUCCCUAACCCACAGAUCUCCGGAUUUUAUCAUGAAGGCGUCUGGAACUCACUGGUCUGUCACAACAGACACUUCUCCAACCAAUCAGAAUGGAGGACAUGUCUGAGGGGAAAGACACUGCAUUUCAUGGGAGACUCCACCAUACGGCAGUGGUACGAACAUUUCGUUAAGAUACUAAACCUUACCGACAGCACCCUUACAGACGCCGUACAUCAGACUGGACCUCUGCUUGCUCGUGACACAGUCAACAACAUCACCGUAAAGGAUCGUUCCCAUGGACCACCUCUUCGCUGCGCAUGGACCCGCACCUUCCACCUACAGUACGUUGCCAACGUCAUCGAUGAAAUCGAAGGAGGGCCAAACGACGUGGUCGGCUUCACUCUCUGGGCCCACUUCACCUCCUACGCCGUAGACAUCUACAGAGAGAGGAUGGAGGCCAUCCGAGCUGCGAUUCAACGGCUGCAUCAGAGGAGUCCUGACACACUCGUGGUCAUCAAGUCCGCCAACACGCGCAUGGGCAAUGAGCUUAUUGCCGGAGACUGGCUGGCACACCAGUUAGAUUUGUUGAUGAGAGAGAUAUUGAAGGAAUGAACGUUGUGUUGGUAGAUGCCUGGGAAAUGACAACGGCACAGCAAUGGCAUGCGGACACUAUUCAUCCGGCAAGUGACAUCAUCAUACAAGAACUGGAAUAUCUGUGUUCUUUUAUUGGCCCUAUCUAAAUCUACUUUAAGUUUUGUAAAAUUAUGUCAGCUAAUCAAGAUUACAUUAUAAAUAGAAACAAAACGCUAUUUGUAAUAGAUUAGAUAGUAAUAGAUUAGAUAGUCAUUUUUUGCUUGCUUUUAUGCGGGGGGGGGGGGCUUACGUCAAAACGUCAUGCAUGUAUUAAUGUAUCCAUAGUUUCGGCGUUAAUAUAACAAUGAAGUUUAUUGCAUAUCCAUGCUCCUUGGGGCUAAAUGCAGUAAGUUGCAUACAAAGAGAAUUAUAGCUAGGUAAAGUAUUCCAUGUUCUACUUAUGCCUAUAUUUCUACAUGUUUCUUCCUUCUUAAAUCAUGUGAAGACGAACUUACAGAGUUCUUCU